ACACACCCUGUCUUCUCAUUGGCUGCAGAUGGUCUCUAGCAGUCAGGUGGACUUCUGCUGAUCGAUACUGUGCAGAUAAAAGCCCCGUGGUGCUGCAGGAGGUUACCCUGCUCGUCCCUGAACGCAUCACCGACGGGAUGGCGAACUCCAGCGGACCCGACCUGUCUCGCGUCUUCAGGGGAACUUUCAUCCACGCGACGCCGCAAACCGCGCUGCAGAUCCUGGAGGAUCAUCUCGUGGGAGUGGAUACCCACGGGAAGAUCGCUUUCAUCGAGAACGGAGCCGAGCUGAACCGACUGUCUCAGACCUUCGGAUUCAGCCCGUCUGACGUCACUCAGCUGGCUCAACAUGAGUUCUUCAUGCCGGGACUGGUGGACACUCACAUCCACGCGUCCCAGUACAGCUACGCCGGGACAGCGCUGGACAUGCCGCUGCUGCAGUGGCUCAACACCUACACCUUCCCUGUGGAGUCCCGCUUCGAGGACCUGGACUUCGCCCGACGCGUCUACUCCCACGUCGUGCAACGGACCCUGAGAAACGGAACAACCACUGCAUGUUACUUUGCUACCAUACACACAGACGCCUCGCUGCUGUUGGGCCAGAUUGCAAAUGACUUCGGUCAGCGAGCCUUGGUGGGGAAGGUGUGCAUGGACAGGAACAACUUCGUCAAACAUUACAAAGAGACCAAUCAGGAGUCUCAGGAGGAGACCUGUCGGUUCAUCGCAGAGCUCUUGAACAAGAAGUACCCUCUGGUGAGGCCGGUGGUGACGCCUCGCUUUGCUCCGUCCUGCACAGGAGCCCUGCUGGGGCAGCUGGGGGAAAUCGCCAAGAACAACAACCUGCACAUUCAGAGUCACAUCAGUGAAAACGUCGAGGAAGUUAAACUCGUAAAGGAGCUGUUCCCCGAGUCGGAGUCUUACACGGACGUCUAUCACAAAUACAACCUGCUCACGGACAAGACGGUGAUGGCCCAUGGGUGCUACCUCAGUGAUGAAGAGCUGGCUCUGUUCAGGGAGAAAGGAGCCUCUUUGUCUCACUGUCCCAAUUCCAACUUAUCGUUGUGCAGCGGCAUGUUGGACGUCCGCAACGUCCUGAAACACAAGGUGAAGUUGGGGCUGGGAACAGACGUGGCGGGCGGCUACUCGUCCUCCAUGCUGGACGCCGUGAGACGGGCUCUGGACACGUCCAAAGUCCUGACGAUCCAGGACCCGGAACACGAAACCCUCACGUUUGAGGAGGUUUUCAGACUGGCCACGCUGGGAGGAAGCCAAGCUCUGUCCCUGGAUGACCAGACGGGGAACUUUGAAGUGGGCAAAGACUUUGACGCCCUGAGGGUGAACGUAGCGGCAGCUGGCGGACCCAUCGACAUGGUCCAGUCCGAGGGACCGAAGGUUAUUCUGGAAAAGUUCUUGAAUUUGGGCGACGACCGUAACAUAGCGGAGGUGUUUGUGGCCGGGAGGAAGGUGGUGCCGUUCCCCGUUAACGGUGCUGGGUCCUGACCUGACUCCACCUGCACCUCCACCUUUCUCUUCCUCCCUCCACAUCCCAGCUGAACAUCUUCUUCAUCCCUUCUUUUACUAAAUCACUCCUCUGCUCCAGGAAAGUCUGCUCAAAGAGGUUUUUAACUCCCAAAAUACCAAAUAUACUAAAAACCAAAUGUGCAGAUACAAGAAGAAUCAGCUGGAAAUGUCCGGCUGUACAACCUGCACAUAAAAAGCCAAAUAACAUAAAUUAUUUAUUAGAACAAAGAAUAUAAAGUAAGACGUACAUGUUGGAUGUGAGGUUAGUCGGUCAGGUUCAUGCAGAUGUGUUUGGUUAACGAAGUGUGAGAUGUUGUGAAGUAAAAGUAGACUUCUCUUUUAGUGUAGAAGUAGACAAAUAAGACCAAUAAUUAGGAAAUUAAUCACCAUAAGAGUCUUUUAUUGAGGUUCAGUCAGGGACACACAGGACUGGUCGGCUGAGCUCGAACUCAGUCUGUUCUUCAAGUCUUUAAAGGGAAUUUAUGACAGGAAAUAAGGGAAUUAUUAGCCGUCAAGCCGGCGUGUGUGUGUGUGUGUGUGGGGGGAUUGUGUGUGUGUGUGUGUGUGUGUGUGUGUGUGUGUGUGUGUGUGUGUGUGGGGUGUUGGUGAGAGACAUCUGCAGCAGGAGAAGUAACCAUCUCCUGAUUGCAGGCUUUUUAUGAGGAAGGAGAACAGGAAAUAAUCGGAAGGGGGGGGGCAGAGCAUGGGGAAUGAGAGGGUGAAACACCAAAGCAUGGGGAAUGAGAGGUUGAAACGCCAGAGCAUGAGGAAUGAGAGGGUGAAACGCCAGAGCAGGGGGAAUGAGAGGGUGAAACGCCAGAGCAUGAGGAAUGAAUCUUUAAAAACUCUCCAUGAAGAAAACACUUGAAAUCUUGAGUUUACCAGAUAUUUGCUCAAAGGUUUCUGGGAAACAAGUCGUUCAGAACGAGUAGAUUUUACGCAGAGGCAUAAAUCACGCUUCAGCGGGGAAGUACGGUGGCCCUGGAGGACAAAAACACACAACGGCAUUUAAUAAUAACACAACAUGAUUUUACAAAACACGACAUUUUACAAAAACACAAUGACAUUUCCGGAAAACGUGACAACAAAUGUGAAAUGUCAUUUCAUUUUCUCUUUUGCUUUUGUGUUUAUGUGAAAUGCCGUUUUGUGCCUGUUUUUUGUCCUUCAGGGCCACCGUAGCGCCGACACUUGACCUCAAAAUCUACUAAAUCUCCUGAUUUGAUUCAGGAGGCAGUGAAAUUACACUUUACCCCUUGUGUCGUCUUAUGGGUGAGCACUUUUGGACCAGUGUGUGAUUUUAAAACACCGCCUUUGAACCCAGAUUUCAACAUCACGCAGAUUUCUCGUUGUUUUGGUGUCUAAACUUAACUGUCGACUCACUUUUUGUUGGUUAAACUCGCCUAGCAACGACCUCCGACCCGACCAGCACCUCAGGGUGCCCUGCACCCGGCUCCCAGUCCUCUGCUGUCCACUUAACUGUAAAGACGCUGAUCUUAAGUGUCAUGUGACACAUGUGUACAGAUCGUUGUGCAUUAGUUUUUGUGCGACAUACAAAUCUGUUGAUGAGAAUGCAUUUCUACUCAGAUUGUUGAUUUUAAACUCCAUCCAAAUUAACUUUUCUUAGGCCAUGUAUUUAUGUUACCUUUAAAAACUUAAAGUCUUAUGAAUAUUGGGACAUGAAGGGAAAUGAAAUGGACUGAUUUCUGAAUAUGGGUUUUAUGAGUUUAGUUGUUUUUACUUAAAUAUUGCCAGUUUUUAUCACAAACAUAUCACUCUGUGACACCAGAUAUUAAAUGUUAAAGGUGCUAUUUGCACGAGUUGAUAUGUCACAAAAUGGAAGAUUGAAAUAAAGAGUAUACCA